AUGCGUCUGCAAACCGCUGCGGAUGAAAUCCGCUGCAAAACCUUCCCCAUGUUUCUAAAGGGGAAGGCCCGGUUCUGGUUCCAGGGUCUGGCACCGGGAUCCAUCCGGAGUUUCCCCGAGCUGGCCAGACAGUUCGCCGCCCAGUUCGUCUCCUCGAAGACUUACUCGAAAAACGCGGCUCACCUGAUGGCAAUCAAGCAGAAGCCGGACGAGUCCCUGAGGAAUUUCAUGACCCGCUUCAAUACGGAGAGCUUGCAGAUCAGGGACAAGGACGAAAAGGUGGUCAUGGCCGCCUUUAUGAACGGGCUCAGGGCGGAAGAGCUCUACUGCAAGCUCGUCGAGAAGCCUCCUGGAGGCCUAGAGGAGUUCUUGACCAGGACGCACGCCGCCGCAAUUGCGGAGGAGGAUGCUCGCCUGAAGAGAGAGUCAGAUCGGGAGAUCGGAGAUCGGAGAGAACGGGGAAACCCCCCCGAGAACAAGGACGGCCCGGCCAAGAAGAAUGUUUUCGAUCGGCUCUCAAGAGAGAAAGCCCCCGCGCAACCGCCGCCUCCGGAAAAAGGCUACACCCCCCUAACUCGGCCCAGAGCUCAGAUUCUGGCCGUUAUGGAGGCGGAGGGCCUAGGGGAAUGGCCACCUAAGAUGGGGACACCCCGGAACAAGAAAAACCAGGACCGAUACUGUGCCUUCCACCGUGACGUUGGGCAUGAUACGGAGGGGUGCUGGGCCCUGCGAAAGGAGAUUGAAGAUCUUAUCCAGCGCGGCUUCCUGGGGCGUUUCGUGCGGCAAGGUCGGCCAGGCCAGGAGUCAGGACGCACCUACCGAGGAGACAGGGGCGAAGGCCAACGUCGCGACCGCCUUGAGCGGCAAGACGCUCCUCGGGGCAACUCCCCCGACCAGGACACUCAGAACUUAGCAGGGGUAAUAAACACCAUUGCUUGGGGCCCCAUGGGGGGGACAGCCAAACAGCUCUGA